UAUAAGCAGCGAGUAUUUCGGUCGAACACUUGGUGGGCGUCGUCGGUGGUGGCGAAAUGGCCGCCCUCAGCAGCAGCAGCAGCAGCAACAGCUCCGACUCCGCCGUCCGCGGCGGCUGGACUUCGUCGUCGAUUCUCUGCGUGUCGGGGAACAGGAACAUCGUUUUCCGUGGCGUUUGGUACGGCGAUAAUCCUUUCGACUUCGUUUACCCUACGGUUCUCGCCAAAAUCAUCAUCGUCACUUUCAUCUCCCGCUUGUUGUACUGCCUUCUCGGGCCUCUUAAUCAGCCCAGAUUCGUCUGCUAUGUCCUGGGCGGCAUUAUUUUAGGACCUUCAUUUUUAGGACGCAACGAAUUAAUCAAGAAGUUAUUGUUUCCACCGAGGGAGAAUGAGUUAUUGCUUACAAUGGCCAUAAUCGGUGGAAUUUACUCCGUCUUCCUUGUGGGAGUGAAGAUGGACAAAUUCCUUAUCAUGAGGUCCGCUAAGAACGCUUGGAGAAUUGGGAUUUUUGGCUUCUUAUCCUCCGUAACAGUCGGGACAUGCCUCUUCUUUGCGCAGCUCAGUACUUUUCCCGGUGUACGCAUCAAAGGACCCUUCGUUUUCUAUGUUCCCUUGUCUCUAUCAUACACAUUUUUCCCCGUCUUAACUCAAGCCUUGGAGGAACUCAACCUCACGAAUUCUGAGCUCGGUCAGCUCGCCAUGUCCUCUGCCGUGCUCAACGACAUCAUUUUCUGGUUCUUCUUGGCAUUGUCCGUCGCAUUUAAGCAAGAAAAGCUGAGCCAAUCUAUCCAGGCUCUCUGUGCUUUCAUGACACUAGUGCUGCUCACCUUCACCGUCAUUCGCCGGUCAGUGCGGUUGGCUAUCAAGAGAACCCCAGUUGGGAAGCCAAUAAAAGAAAUCUAUAUCACCACUGUGCUGCUUGGUGUUUUGGUGAUGGCAUUAGUCUCAAGCAGUAUAGGUGUAACCUCUAUUCUUGGCUCUCUUCUUCUUGGCUUGGUCAUUCCAGGAGGGCCACCAUUAGGGUCAGCAAUUGUGCUUAAGACAGAAUCCAUCGUGUCUGAAUUUCUAAUGCCCAUGUUCUUUGUUCAAGUUGGUUACAGCACAGAUCUGAAAGCCAUUCAUAACUGGCCAGUGUUUAUCAAGUUUCAGAUCAUCAUUGCUCUGGCGUAUUUGGCCAAGUUUCUUGGGACUUUCCUGGCUUCCCUUACUUGCAAGAUCAGGGUUAGAAGUGCUCUUAUGCUAGGCCUAAUAAUGAACAUCAAGGGCAUUCUUGAGCUAAUCCAUUACCAUCGAUGGAAAUCUAAUCAGUAUAUUGAUGAUCAAACUUAUACUCAAUUUGUUUUGUCCGUGCUUGGAGUGACUAUGAUCGUGACGCCAUUGAUAAAGUACUUAUGCACGCCUGAAAUGCGCCUCAACCUGUCCGUCAAGCACCGAGGCCUCAGGACACUCCGCUCCAUGCCUCGAAACACCGAGUUUCGGAUCCUCUGCACCAUUCACAAUGAGGAAAGCGUCCAUAGCAUCAUCACCCUACUUGAGGCCUCCAACCCGACGGAUACGAGCUCGAUCUGUGCCUACAUUGUCCAAACCUCUGAACUCAAUGGACUCGCGGCGCCACUCCUCGUCCCUUACGACAAGAACAUAAGGAAGCUCAAGCUCGCCUUCUCCGCCAGCACCGAUCAAAUCAUCCAGGCAUUCGAGAAUUACUCGAACAAUUCCAGAGGCCCUGUAUUGAUCAUGCCCUUCAUCAUGAUCGCGUCCUAUAAGACGAUGCAUGAGAGUGUCUGCCGUCUCGCCCAAGACAAGUUCAUCCCUCUCAUUAUCGUCCCCUUUCACCAGAAUCCACGGUACAGCGUCGGAAGCAGCAUAGCCGCCGCCUUGCGCCAGUUUAACGUCAAUGUUCAAUCAUACGCGCCGUGUACCGUGGGAAUUCUUGUUGACAGGGGAUUUUCCUGUGGAAUGAGCUCGUCCCACUUCUCCUACCACAUCGUGUCGAUCUUCAUCGGCGGACCUGAUGACCGCGAGGCCUUGGCCUACGCCACUCGCAUGUCGAACCAGCAGUCGGAGGUGACUGUCACCGUGGUACGAAUUGUUCUGCAGAACAAGAAGGAAUGCACCAACGAAGAACAGCAAAAUGAGGUGAACCUCGACGAGUCCGCGGCAGAGGAGUUUAAAUUGAAGAAUGUAGGGAACGCUCUCGCGGUCUGGUGCGAGAUCGAGGUGGUGGAGGAGGCAGAGUUGAUGAAUGCCAUUCGGUCUGUGGAGGGGCAUUACGACUUGGUGAUGGUGGGGCGGCGGCGGAGCUGGGAUGUGUCGAUGGGCGAGGAAGAGAUGUCGGAUUUCGUGGAGAACGAGGAGCUGGGAGCGAUCGGCGACACGCUGGCAUCGUCGGAUUUCUGCGGAGGGAUGGUGUCUGUGUUGGUGAUGCAGCACCACGUGAGGGAUGGUUAUAGAAGCAACUCUGUUAAGUCCAACAAUAGUAAAUUCGUCUUGUAAUUCCUUGCCUUAAAGGUUGUGUUUCUUCGUUGAUCUCAGGUAGAUUAAUCCCCAGAUAGCUGAUGACCAGAUGUUUGUAAAAUUACGCGGUUCUUUGAUCCCUUAGUAUGGGUUUGGGUUAGUUUGAACCAAAUCUUUGUGUAGAUUUCCCUUACCUUUAUUCUUUCUCAAUUAAAGCCAAAAAUGUGCUAGAAAUGGAUUUACAAAUUUCAUCCAGAGA